AUGGUCAACGGCUCCCCUGGCAGCGUCUUGGAGGACGCCGAGUUGGUUGCUAUACCAAGACAGCGGCGUCAGCAGCGCCCAUCGGCUGUUGCUGUCCUAUCUCCCUUAACAAAGUCUAAGUUACCUUGUCUGGCGCAGAUCCUGGCCCGGUGGGGGGAGAAGUGGCCACAACGACAACAGCCGCAGCAGGCGGAGGAGCCGACGUCGGACUCGACCCUCCGUCCCCCCGCCUCAUCAGUGGCACGGAAAGAGGCCAACUCCGCCUCUAUGUCAGAGCGUUCUGCGCCGUGCUCCGUCUCAGUCCGCCUUGCGACGACUGUGCAUCCGCCAGAAGGACGCGUUCUACUUCUUCCUCCUUUAUAA